AUGAAACAUCUUCUACUCUUGCUGCUGCCAGCAGUUAAUCUUGCAUACAACUGGGACUGCAAUCUUUUCUGUUUCAAUGGCGGAGAAUGCCGUCAUGGAAAGGGAAAAUUCGGAUCCUAUGGAAAUGUGGAUGCCGAGAAUCCAUGGGAAUCAAAGGAUCACGUGGAGGGAAUGUACUGUUCGUGUCCCUCUGGUUCCACCGGAUUGCAAUGUGAGAUCAGUCUGAAAGGUUGCCGAACAACAGAAAACAAUUUCCAACACAACUGCGACAAUGGAAUGGAGUGCAAGCUCGACAAGAAUGGAGAGGGCCACUCCUUCUAUCACUGUGAAUGCGAUGAUGAUACAGUUUUUGAGAAUGAAUAUGUGGAAAAGUAUUGUGCACACAUCUCGACCGUCUUCUGUGGACACAACAAGAAUGAUGAUACGUUUUCUUCCUCGCAAUUUUGCGUUAAUGGUGGCAAAUGUUUGCCCGAUGAUACAAAUGGAACCAAGCACCCAGGUUGCGAUUGUCCAGACAAUUGGCAUGGAAAGCACUGCAGCGAGAAAGCUCCGCCCGGUUUGCUUGAAAAGGGGAAGGAAGUCGUAUUUGAUCUGGCAAGUGCAAAGAACCUUUUCUUGUUGGUAGUGAUUUGUGUGUUUGCCAUUGGGAUUUGCGCCUUUCUUGUCAAUCGAUGUGGCAUCAAAAUGCCAAAAAUCAGAAGACGAAGAAAAACCAAAAAGCAGUUGGCAGAAGCACGCAAGGCACCUGGUCUUUUGAGAACAAACUUGAAACUAAGGUCGGAAGCCAAAAAACAAGCCAAAGAAUCGUCUGGCAAGAAAUCCGGUCGUCGGGUGGGGGGCAAGCGCGUUGGUGGUCGACCUUCGGCAAGUGCUCCGGCGGAACCUCAAGUGGACGAGGAAUCGGAGGCUCUCAAUCAGGAGCCAAUGGUGGAACAAAAUGUGCGAUUUUCAGACUAUGGAAAAUCCGCUGGCCUCACUUCUUACUCGGAUGGACCAGAGGCUGCGGAAGGGGAAAUUAUCUAG